AUGAAGGCGGUGAGCCCGGUGCGCCCCUCGGGCCGCAAGGCGCCGUCGGGCUGCGGCGGCGGGGAGCUGGCGCUGCGCUGCCUGGCCGAGCACGGCCACAGCCUGGGCGGCUCGGCGGCCGCGGCGGCCGCGGCGGCGGCAGCGCGCUGCAAGGCGGCCGAGGCGGCGGCCGACGAGCCGGCGCUGUGCCUGCAGUGCGAUAUGAACGACUGCUACAGCCGCCUGCGGAGGCUGGUGCCCACCAUCCCGCCCAACAAGAAAGUCAGCAAAGUGGAGAUCCUGCAGCACGUUAUCGACUACAUCCUGGACCUGCAGCUGGCGCUGGAGACGCACCCGGCUCUGCUGAGGCAGCCGCCACCGCCCGCGCCACCGCACCACCCGGCCGGGACCUGUCCGGCCGCGCCGCCGCGGACCCCGCUCACGGCGCUCAACACCGACCCGGCCGGCGCGGUGAACAAGCAGGGCGACAGCAUUCUGUGCCGCUGAGCCGCGCGGUCCAGGUGUGCGGCCGCCAGAGCCCGAGCCAGGAGCACUAGACAGGGAGGGGGAAGAGCAGAAGUUAGAGAAAAAGCCACCGGAGGAAAGGAAAAAGCAAGAGCAAAUCUAGAAACGUUUUCAUUCGUCAUUCCAAGAGAGAGGGGGAGGAAAGAAAAAUAAACCUUUCAUCCUUUUUUUUUGCACGUUCAUAAACAUUCUACAUACGUAUUCUCUUUUGUCUCCUUUUAUAACCGCUGUGAAUUGUACAUUUCUGUGUUUUUCGGAGGUGCAGUUAAACUUUUAAGGUUUAGUGUGACAGGACUGAUAAAUAGAAGAUCAAGAGUAAAUCCGACUUUAGAAGCCCACUUUGUGACCAAGGAGCUCAAUUUUUGUUUUGAAGCUUUACUAAUAUACCAGAGCAUUGUAGAUAUAUUUUCUUUUUACAUCUAUUGUUUAAAAUAGAUGAUUAUAACGGGGCAGGGAACUUUCUUUUCCCUGCAAGAAUGUUACAUAUUGUAUAGAUAACUGAGUGACAUUUCAUACCAUGUAUAUAUAGAGAUGUUCUAUAAGUGUGAGAAAGUAUAUGCUU